AUGCAAGCCAUCGAAGUUUCCGAGCUAUCUCAGGGUCUUUUCCUGACGGGGGUUCUCGGCGAGGGAGAUGCUCCUUCUUCACCGACCAAGAGCCCUGUAAUUAAAGAGGAGGUGAUUUCUGCUCCUUCUUCUCCGUCUGUUCCUCCUGGUUCUUCGGAUUCCACGAGCAUGUUGGAUUUCUUCGACUUGUUGGAUAUCGAUGUUUCGAAGCCCCUCUUUCGUUCCGACGCUCAAGAAGACACUAAAGAAGACUUGUCGAAGUUCCUGAUCGAUUUCUCGAGUUUCCAGAUCUUCGUCUCGGAGUUGUGCAGUGAGAAGUUGAAGUCUGAGGUCUCCGAUGCUUACCUGAAGACUGAAUUUGAAGACCUGGACGCCGAAGAUAUUUCCAACGUCUCGGACAUUUCGCCCUUGGGUUUGGGCUCUGCAGACGUCCAGCCGCAAUGGCCGGCGGAUCCCCAGCCCAUCGCGACAGAGCAGCCGCCUCUCCAUCCUGCUCCCGAGGUUCCCGGACCAUCGCCAGAUGUUCCGCAGUACUACCAUUCUCCCGCCUUUAAUUCGUACGUCCCUGUCUCGGUGCCGAUGCAGAACAUCGAUAUCAAGAUUCCUCAGUUCGCCUCCGAGGCCCCGCAGCAGAAUCCUCACCUCCCUCACCAGUACGCGGCUAAUUAUUACGUCGUGGCUCUCCCUCCCCCGCCCAACGCCGCCCAGCUUCCUUUCUCGGGCGCACAGACGGGUGUAUACUGGCAGACCAUGGCGCCGGCCCCGCCCUCGAGGAACAGGAGGAAACCAAGGGUGUGCUCCGUCUGCAACAAGACGUGCAAGAAUCCCUACGAACUGAAGCUCCACAUGAAUUCCCACACCGGAGCCAAGCCCUAUGUCUGCAAAGUGUGUGGAGCCGCUUAUUCGCACUACAGCUCGCUCUCGACGCACCGACGAGACAAGGGUCAUGUCAAACGCGCCCUAGAAAAUUGA